GUGUCACCACGAAGGUUUCUUAGCCUUUUCACUCUCUCCCACAGGUCACAUCUCAGAAGUCAGAACGUCGGUUGGUCUCACGAAACACUUCGUUUUACCAUAUUUACUCCUCUUUUGGCUUGGAACCCGAGAUGGCCGAUAGAAGGAGAGUAAAUGGCCCAGUCGGCGCUACACUGCCUCCUGUCUUCGCGGCUGAAAAAGCCGAGGAUCUGAGGAGCGUCAAGAGAUUCAGAUCCCGGCCCGCUAACUUGAUUCGAAAACAAUAUCUGAAAACAGGCGUGACGCCCUCUGCUUCUGGAUCAGCAUAUCUGGAGGUCGAGACCUCGUCCAAGACAGGACUCUCGGGCUUGAAACUCAGUUGUAGCGUCCACGGCCCAAGGUCUCUACCAAAAUCAAGCCCCUUUUCGCCACACAUCAUUCUCUCUACUCAUGUCAAAUUCGCCCCGUUUGCAACUCGGCAACGGCGCGGGCAUCUGCGAGAUGCUACUGAACGAGAUCUCGGCAUCCACCUCGAGACUGCACUCCGCGGUGCCAUCAUUGCGGAUCGGUGGCCGAAGAGUGGUGUCGACAUUAUCGUGUCCAUCAUCGAGGGCGACCAAGACCGGGAAGCCUCAAAGGCCCAUGGAGGCGAGACAUGGGACCUGAUGAACGUCCUAAGCGGCUGUGUCACUGUUGCAUCGGCUGCUCUUGCCGAUGCGGGCAUCGACUGUGUGGACACCGUCGCGGGAGGAGUUGCGGCCCUUGUCGUUGACGGCAGUGGGGGGUCACAGCCGGUCGUUGUCAUUGACCCUGUCCCUUCAGAGCAUGACAAGAUCCUGGCAGCUUGUUGUAUUGCGUACUUGCCUACCCGAGACGAGGUUACCAACCUCUGGUUUAAGGGGAAUCUAGACGCCUCGGAUACAGAGCGUUACACGGAACUAGUCGAGAUGGGAAUCAGGGCCUCGAAGAACGCAAACCGGGUUCUUGUGGAAUGUCUCAACGAGACUGUCCGUCAAACAUGAUCACAUCACGGCAGCAGGACGGAAGCUGCGCGUGUAAUAUAAUAUUUUAGCCCGUAAGCGCGGGUUGGCUGUGGGCUCGUAUAGGAACCAUUUUGGAACCCUGAGGUAAUCAAUGUUCCUGGAUGAAAGGGCAGUGUGGCAGCGCAAUAGAGGGAUAAAUUGGCUUGUGCCCCGAGUCAAGCCCAAUUGACAGCGGGGGAUUCACCCAGUUCCAACCAUUUCAUAUGGCGAAGGAAUACGAGGGAUGAGGGUCUCUUCGUUGGAUACGAACGUGGGGGGAGGGAGGGAUUACGUGUCAGCCCCUACGAAGGAGAUACAGUAGUUGAGAGGUACUGUACUUGUAUGGCCAAACGCCAAUUGGGAGGGAAACAUAACCACAGUGCUGAUACUAAAAUCUAC